CAUACCAUACCCUUAGUCGCUCACCAUUGCCUCUUCGUCCCUCUGUGCUUUUGCCAUUGUUGGACGAUCACCUCUCAGAGCAGAGAGAAAGUUUAGACUACAGGAACACUUGGAGAGAGACAAGAUCUUCGUCUUCCAAUGCAGAUGGCAAGGACAAGGAGUUCAUUGGUUUAGGAUCAAAUCAGGAGCACGACAAAUCAGGAGCACAAAAGCAGGCCCAGUUGGCUAUAUUACACGAAGGAGGGAAGGAAGCCAAGAAUUAACCAAACAGCUGGCCGCCAUGGCCAACAUCAGCAGCAGCCCGUCGGUCUCGGUAUCGGACGAGAGCUUGGAGGCGGACGCGAGGUGCUGCUCGUCAUCGUCGACGGCGCCGAGCCUGCUCGACACGGUCGACUUCAGCCGCAGCCCCUCCGACGUGUCCACUUUCUCCGAGCACAGCGUUGACCUCAGCGGGCCAUUCGGCACGGCCGCCGUGUCCAAGCUGAUCGGCGGCCGCGGCUCCCCCGCGCUCAGCCGGAUGAGCAUGAAGCCCCGCGCCGACGUUCUCGACAGGCGCGGAACGGAGGAUGAGAUUGAGCUGGUGAAGGAGAGGUUCUCGAAGCUCCUGCUGGGCGAGGACAUGUCAGGGGGCGGCAAGGGCGUGUGCACCGCCGUGGCCAUCUCCAACGCCAUUACCAACCUCUACGCGACGGUGUUCGGGAACUGCCACAAGCUGGAGCCGCUGCCUGUCGGGAAGAAGACGAUGUGGCGGAGGGAGAUGGACUGCCUCCUCGCCGUCUGCGACUACAUCGUCGAGUUCUACCCCUCCUCGCAGUCGCUCUCCGACGGCACCCGCGUCGAGGUCAUGGCCACCAGGCCGAGAUCCGACAUAUACAUCAAUCUCCCCGCCCUCGAGAAGCUCGACGCCAUGCUCAUCGAGAUCAUGGACAGCUUCCAGAAAGCAGAGUUCUGGUACGCGGACGCCGGGACGAGGUCGUUCGGGUCGGUGACGUCCUCUUCGUCUCCGUCGUCAUCGUUCCGGCGGUCGACGGCGACCCACCGGAACGAGGACAAGUGGUGGAUGCCGGUGCCGUGCGUCCCGGACGGCGGCCUGUCCGUGAAGGCGCGCAAGGAGCUCCGGCAGAAGCGCGACUGCGCCAACCAGAUCCACAAGGCCGCCGUGGCCAUCAACAGCGGCGUGCUGAGCGACAUGGAGGUGCCGGAGUCGUUCAUGGCGCUGCUCCCGAAGAGCGGGAGGGCGAGCGUGGGGGACUCGGUGUACCGCGCCAUGCACGGGUCCGACAAGUUUUCACCGGAAUACCUGCUGGACUGCGUGGACGUGUCAUCGGAGCACGAGGCGCUGGCGUUGGCCGACCGGGUGGAGGCGGCCAUGUACGUGUGGCGGCGCAAGGCGACCGCGAGCCACGGCGGCAACAGGUCGGCGCAGUGGAGCAAGGUCAAGGAGCUGGCCGCGGCCGCCGACGACGGCGGCGAAGGCGGCAAGAACGUGGCGCUGGCGAGCAGGGCCGAGAGCCUCCUGCUCUGCAUCAAGCACCGCUUCCCCGGCCUCUCGCAGACCACCCUCGACACCAGCAAGAUCCAGUUCAACAAGGAUGUUGGGCAGGCGAUCCUGGAGAGCUACUCAAGGGUGCUGGAGAGCUUGGCGUUCAACGUCGUCUCGUGGACAGAAGAGGUUCUUUUUGCCGACAAGAACGCCAGGAAAUAGCGAGCGAUAAACCUGACGGAUUCUCCCAGAGCAUGCCCCGUAAGAGCGAAAUGUGUUUUUCGCGUUUCCCAACUCUUUCUGAUGCUGGAGUUGAGGGAAAUAGGCUAGGAUGAUCUCACGGUAGCUUUUUUACUGUAAGGUUUCUACUGACGUAGUGAAGGAUUUGUAAGAUUUGUCUUGCAAAGAAUAUAAGCAGGGUGUGUCUGACCAACAGUGAGUCCUGUGUGUAUGACAACUAACAAACUAGCAAGUACUUUGUUUUCGAGAAAUUCGCUCUGGAGCUCGGGUUAGAGUUGGUUCGAUUUUCUUGAAAACUCUGAAAACGGUAUUUCAAAGUUCCGAACUAUUCUGAACACAAAUC